UUCUUGAAAACAAGUGUCUCGUUCGUAAAAACAAUGUCCGAAGUGUGGAAAUAUUCUUUGAAACAAAGUACAUCUUUUGCUAAGUGCCAAAUAUGCAAAGAGGAAGUGCCUCGUCGUGGACAUACCACAAAUUUGAUGGUUCAUUUGAAAAAGCAUCCUAACAAGGAGAAAGCUUUGGAAAAUGUUUUACGUCAUCAGGAAUCUGUGCCUGUUGCCGGGAGAUCGGCUUGUAGCAUAAAAACCCAAAAAUCAUUGGAACAUUUUCUCAAGGAGACCGAAGUAUGGGCAGAUCACGGUACGAAAACCAAUGAGAUUGACGAUGCAAUCGCUUUUAUGGUGAUCCGAGAUUAUCAACCAGUUUCGAUUGUGGAGGAUGAAGGCUUUGUGAACCUGCUCAAGUUGUUGGCACCCAAGUACAGAAUUCCCCAACGAAGAGUUAUAACAAGAAUCAUUGGCGAAAAAUACGAAAAAGUUGCCAAGAAAACUAAGGAUGCCAUCGUUAUUUGGGAAUGA